CCCACAGCCUGCCCAGCUAUGACAGCCUCGCUGAGCCGCCCCUGCUUCAUCUCCCUUCACGUGCCCUACAAGCAGGGCCGGGCCCAGGACCUGGCCACCAGACACGCCAGCCCCUCCUCCCACGAUUUCCUUUAUGACGUGGACCCUCGGCCCACCUUGGGCACGGCCUCCAACGUCUGCUUCGAGGUGGACGACGUGCCACAGCUCUGUAAGCGGCUGCAGAGCCAGGGAUGCUCCCUGCUGGUGCCCCCGACUGAGGUGAGAGAUGAUGGUGGCUCUGUCACCUACGGGGUGGCAAGGUCCAUUGUAGGCAACAUCAGCCAUACCCUUCUGGACCGAUCCCGUUACCGGGGUCCCUUCUUGCCCGGCUUCCAACCCAUCCAAAGAGCCCCCUUGACUAUGGGUAACAGGAUCAAGAUCACCCACUUUGACCACAUCACGUACGUUGGCAGCGCCAGGGCAGCUCUGGACUGUUCCCAGCGCUGCUUCGGCUUCCGCCGCUUCUUGCUGAACCCACAGGAGAGGCCUGCUGAGGGGUAUGUGCUUGGGGGGCAAGGGGUGGGCAUGCUGCUCCUCGCACUGCAGAGUGCCCAGGGCACCCCAGCACACGGGUGCAAGCUCAUCCUCGCCGAGUCCCUCUCGAAGGAUGGCACCAACCAAGUCGACACUUUCCUAGAGCAGCACGGUGGGGGCGGGAUCCAGCACGUCGGCCUCUGCACCACCGAUAUCAUCACUACGACUAGGGCUUUACAGCAGCACGGUGUGCGGUUCUUCACACCCCCUGCCACCUAUUACAGCCAGGGGGGCAAAGCAGAGGAGAUUCGGGAGGCAGGGCAGGAGCCCCACAUGCUGGCAGAGCUUGGCAUCUUGCUGGACACCACAGCACCUGGGCACAAGGGUCAGACAGGCACUGAUGCCACAGAGAGCCCUUCCCAGGAGUAUUUGAUGCAGAUCUUCACCCACCCCAUCUUCUCUGAGGAGACCUUCUUCCUGGAGCUCAUUGAGCGGCAGGGAGCACAGGGCUUUGGGGAAGGCAAUAUACGGGCACUGUGGAAAGCUGUGCAGGUCUAUAUGGACCAGCAGCAGUAG